UUGUACAACGGUUUAUUCAAGAAGGAAGGAUGACACCUUAUAAAAUUAUAACGAAAACAGUUGUGGAUAGCUUCAAUAUAAAAUAUUAACUUUGUUGACAAAACCAAUCUUAUUACUUAGUAUUAAGGUUGAAAGUAAUUUAUAACAUCUCUAAUACAUACAUUACACCCUACCACUUAUUCAAUGAUAAACAAACCAAAAAAAAAUAAUAAUAAUGAAGUACAAAAGAAAAUAUAAUUACAACUAUAUUGUAACCAAAAAAAAAAACAAUACUCAAUAAAACACGGGGUUGCCGAAUCUUUCUACCGGUUUUCUGACCCGUACACAGGGGUCCGGAUCGUUCACUGCCGGCGCGGCGGCUGGCGCGCUAACGCAAUCAGUUGGACCCGAACUGGGGCACGAAAGUAUUGAAAUCUGCGAUCUCCUUUGUAUCUGAUCUAUGUGCCUCUUAAUAAGUUGACCGUUUUCCCGAGCUACACUAUAAUUACGGGAACCUAUUUUUUUUUCUAUUUUACCCUUAGACCAUUUAUCAUCCCCCGUGCCAAAAUCUCUAACCCAUACCUCCUCUCCUACUUCAAAACUACGCGGGACCCCGCCGGCAUUUUUUAUCUGAUUUUCCUGCGCUUUUUGUGCGUUGGUUACAGCAUUAUUAUUCUUUGCAGUGCAAAGAAGAUCUAAUCUAGAUCGUAAAUUUCUAUGUUGCAACAACAUAGCUGGUGUUUGACCAGUUGAACUAUGAACCGUGUUUCGAUAUACAAAAAGAUAAGACUGCAGCGCUGUGUCAAAAUCAAUUUUUUCGUGUAAAGCUUUCUUUAGAGCUUUUUUGCAGAGCUUUACCGCGUUUUCAGCUGCCCCGUUCGAUGACGGAUGGUACACUGGAGUGAAGGUGUGGUUUAUACCAUUAUGUUCCAUAAAAUUACUUAUUUCUUUGCUAGUGAAUGGGGGUCCGUUAUCAGACACUAUUUCUUUCGGGAGACCAAAUCGAGAAAAUAUUUCCCUUAAAACUUUAAUUACGUCCCUGGCUGUCUGGUGAGACAUUCUAUACGCCUCAAUCCAUUUUGUUGUCGAAUCCACCGCUACAAAAAAAGUAUACCCGUCAAAAGGUCCCAAAAAGUCUAUGUGGAGUCUACUCCAGGGCUCGGCGAGAUAAGGCCACGGGCUAGGGGGCGCGUGCGGCGGAGCGGGCGCCUCUAGCGCACACACUACACACUCUCGGCAAGUUCGCUCAAUAUCCGCGUCUAUUCCGGGCCACCAAACGUAACUACGAGCUAUGCUUUUCAUCUUUACUAUACCCAUGUGUCCCGUGUGCAGUUCUUUUAAAAUACAAUCACGCAGCUCGGAUGGUAUUACCAUCCGAUAUCCCCACAUGAUACAUCCCGAGUCUAAAUAUAAUUCAUUUCGCCUAGAAAAAUAAGGUUCUAUGUCCGAUGCUGGACAUUUAUUUGGCCACCCUGAACGUAAAAACAUACCAAUUCCCGUUAAAAUUUUAUCCUCUUUAACUUUUUCACAAACUAAAUCUUUUGUUAUUGGUAAAAAAUCCUGAACAAAAUUUACAUAUGUUAUUACUUCCCUUUCCACACAGCUGUUUUCGAUAGGUAGCCUAGAUAAUGCAUCCGCGCUAUUUUUUAAUGUCGGUACAUACUCGAUAUCAUAUUGAUACCCUGAUAAAAUAACUGCCCAUCUCUGUAACCUGCUGGCCGCCAUGGUAGGUAUACCUGCCUUUUCACCAAAAAUACUGACGAGCGGUUUGUGAUCAGUCUUUAACAAAAAAUGCCGGCCGUACAAAUAUUGAUGAAACUUUGUGACACCGAAUAUGAUAGCCAAUGCUUCCCUUUGUAUCUGUGAGUAGUUUACUUCAGCCGCACUAAGCGUUCGGGAUGCAUAAGCGACAGGUCUUUCGCGGCCGUCGCGCAUCCUGUGUGAUAUGACCGCCCCCACCCCGCGUGCACUAGCGUCUGUCGUCAGAAUAAUUGGCAAUCCUGGGUCAUAAUGCGCUAGCACCUCGCUUGAAACUAGCAACUGCUUGACAUUCGUAAAAGCCUCUGAACACUGAUCCGUCCAAACAAACUUAGAAUCUUUUCGUAACAACUUAUAUAAAGGAGAUAACAGCAUGCUUAUAUUUUUUACAAAUUUAGCGUAGUACAUUACCAAGCCUAAAAACGAACGCAACUCGGAAAUAUUUUUCGGGACUGGUGCUUUAUUAAUCGCACUCAACUUUUGCGGGCAAGUAUGUACACCCUCUUUACUAAUUACAUAACCUAAAUAAGUCACCGAUUCUGCGAAAAAAGUACAUUUCUCUUUUUUUACUUUUAACCCAAAACGUUUUAACCUUUCCAAAACUUGGUAUAAUGUUUUUACGUGAGAAUUAUUAUCGACUCCUGUUAAAAUCACGUCAUCUAAAAAUACCCCUACUGUAGGCAUGUCGGCAAACAUUUGUUCUAAUUUCCUUUGAAAAAUACCCGGACUAGACGAAAGACCAUAGAUUAAUCGGUUAUAUUUAAAAAGACCUUUGUGUGUAUUGAUCACAGUGUACAUUUUAGAGGGUUCGUCAAGUUCAAAUUGUGCAUAAGCCUGCGACAAAUCUAUUUUCGAAAAUUUUUCCCCCCCAUGUAACUUAGCCAAUAAAUCUUCUACCUUAGGUAAGGGAAAACGGUCCACUUCUAGGCAUUUAUUUAAUGUGAUUUUAUAGUCACCGCAAAUCCGUAUAGAUCCGUCCUUUUUUAUAACGGGUACAAUUGGCGUGGCCCAGUCCGAAGUGUCAACGGGCGCGAUGACGCCGUCCCGCUCCAGCUGUUCAAGCGCCCGCUCCACUGGCUCACGCAGCGCGUAAGCAAGCGGCCGCGCGCGCCGGAACACGGGCCGCGCGCCCUCGCGCACACGCAGCGACACCGCACCACCAGUGAAACGACCCAGACCCUCUUCGAACACAUCACUAAAUCUGGAAAUUAACGAAUCCAUACUUAAUGCCGUAGUACUAGUUCUAACAAAAUUACAAUGUAAAUCGGCAACAUUUAAUCCUAAUUCGUAUAUCCAUUGCCGACCCAACAAAGGAUUUUUGCCUUGUUUCACAACAAACAAAUCUAAUGAGACACAUUUAUUUCUGAACUUGACAGUCGGCCUAAUUUUCCCGAUCGGAACAAUUUUAAUACCAGUAUAAAAGCAUAGCACUAUAUUGGUUGUCAAUAAUGGUAAAUCAUUAAAUUUACUUUUGUAAAAAUCAUAGCUCACACAGGAAAUAGCACUUCCGGUAUCAAUUUCCAUUUGGAUAUUUUUAUUAUCUACUUCAAUACAAGUCAUUAGAGGCUUAUAAAAAUCAUAACUAUAAGUACUACUAAAAUUAUUUAUAUGUACCUCUAAAGGUUGCACCGAUUAUUCUUUCUACAGUACUAGUUAAAAUAGCUGAACACCUAUUGAAAAAUAGAUUAGAGUGGUUAGAUGAGAGCAAGAACCUUUUGUCGAAUAGCCAAUACGGUUUUAGAAGGAACAGAAGCACAUCGGAUUGUAUUGGAAUUUUAACAUCAGAUAUCCGGAUAGCGUUUUCCGAUAAUGAAUCAGUUGGGGCGGUCUUUCUCGACAUAAAGUCAGCGUACGAUAAUAUUAAUUUAUCGAUUUUACGCGAUAAAUUAAUUGAUUUACAAAUCCCUUUAAUGCUAACCAAUUUUAUUAUAAAUCUGAUUUCUGAGAGAUAUCUAAUACUUCAUAUAGAUGAUACAACAAUUGAAAGAACAGCGAUAAAAGGCUUACCACAAGGGUCAGUCAUCAGUCCGUUUGCUUUACAAUGUAUAUACCCAUGAUCUUGAAGAUUCAUUAGAAAGCUCUUGCUCGGUUAUUCAAUAUGCCGAUGAUGUAGUUUUAUACUGUAAUAAUAAAUCUGUAAAUAACAUAAACAACGACAUAAAUUAUUCAUUAUCGUUAUUUAAAAAAUGGUUAGUUAGAAACGGCCUAGAGUUGUCUGUUUCUAAGACAAUUUUAGUGCUUUUUUCCAGGAUGAGAAACUCUCCUUACUUAUACAUUGUGAAUAUACAUCAGCAAAAUGCGAACGUAAUAUUAAUAUUUUAAGAUGUCUUGCUGGCGUUUGGUGGGGCAGCCAUCCAACUUCGUUAAGAUUGCUUUACAUUGCCCUUGUAAGAAGUAUAUUAGAUUACGGAACUUUUUUGUUGGAGCCAGGCAAUGCUAGCGCCUUUCGGAAGUUGGAUGGUAUUCAGUCAAAAGCCUUACGAAUAAUUUCUGGUGCCAUGAGGUCUAGCCCUAUAUGCGCGUUACAGGUUGAAUGCAAUGAUCCUCCAUUACACCUUCGUAGACAGUAUUUAGCCGACAGAUAUUUUUAUAAGGCCGUUCAAUUGACGAACAACACAAUUAUUGAAAAAAUAAGAAUUUUAUCGGAAAAGGUAAUUACAGCUAGUUAUUGGUCUCAUAAGAGCCUUCCGCUACUAGUUAAAUCCUUUAAUAAAUAUAAAGCUGAAGACAUUCCAGUUCAUCACUUCCAUAUUCCUCCUAUCUUUAACACAGACUAUGAUGCUUUAUCUAUUAACCCUAAUAUAAUUUAUAACCUCCACAUCGAUGAUAAGGCUAAUGCAAAUGUCUACUUUAAUGCUAUAGUAACUGAGACUCGGUACCAGUGGCACAAAAUAUUCACUGAUGCGCCUAAAACCGCACAGCAGGACGUUGGAGUUAGAAUCUUCCAUAGCAACUACAAUAUUCAACAAAAAAUACGUCUGCCUCCACAGACUUCAGUUUUUACUGCCGAGUGCCUCGGUAUCUAUAAAGCAGUAGAAUAUAUAAGGCUGGCUAAACUAAAGAAAACAAUUAUUUUUACUGACUCUUUAAGCGCAUUAUAUGCGCUAGCAAAAUUCCCGUUCAGAUCAAAAAAAUAUCCAUUAAUCUUAAAGACAAGGGAGUUGCUUUAUUUAAGCUUAUUAAAAGGAUAUUCGGUUUCUUUUGCCUGGGUACCUAGUCAUUGUGGCAUAAUUGGUAACGAAUAUGCCGAUUACCUCGCUCGAGACGCAGUAAAAUGUGGUGAUCUUUAUUAUUAUAAGAACUAUUCUCAUGAUUUAAUUAAUAUGUCACAAGCAACAUUACAAGAUUCAUGGUUCAGGUUAUGGGUGGAGGGUAAUAAAUCAAAAGCUAAGUACUAUCGCUCAUUACAACCAACUUUACUUACUAAACCUUGGUUUUCAAAAUUAAGGUUUAGUAAAUCCGUUACUACAAUUUUAAUUCGAAUGCGCCUCGGACAUGUUUGUACUCCUGACCGUCUGGCUAAAUACGGGUUAAUAGAUUCGUCCACAUGUGAAUGUGGCGAGGUUGAUGCUGACGUUAACCAUAUUUUCUUUUCUUGCCCCAGAUAUGACAGAACCGCCUUUUUAUGGGCCUACCACACGCACGAGCUUCACCACAGUUUUGCCUGCGCAGGCCGGUUUGUACACGGAACACGGUGCGUGUAGUUGGUAAAACUGUAUCACGCGCCAACGACACAGCGCGGCCUGCGCAUUUUUCGACUUGCUUGAAAUUUUGCCUGCGCAAGCCCGGCCUGCGCGUACUUGUCUGUGCGUGUGGUUGGGCGUUCAGUGUUCAAGCCACAGUCGAGUGUACUUUGUGUCGAAGCUCGCUCGUCGUUUCAUGAAGUCGUUCGUCAUCGUAAGGCAAUGUCCUAAUACAACGCGAUAACGCGAAUGAGCGAUGCGAUCAUAGUACGAUUCGACGAUCAAACAUAUUGAUCUAGAAUAGGUGUCCUAAUAGGCGAUCGCGCGACGCAUUCGCGCGACUAAAAUGUUUAAAAAUCUAUUCGCGCGAACUUAGUUCACGCGAACGCGCAAACAAACCUAUUAAUGAUGAAUAGGUGUCCUAACUGAACAUCGCGGGAUGAUCGUGUCGCGUCGGUAGGUGAGUAGCGGGGAGAGGGGCAGGGCUAACCCGUUCCGUAUUCGCGUUCUAUUAGGACACCCAGUUCGCGAUCACGCGAUGGUCGCAUCGUUUAAUCGCGCGAUGAUCGCGUUAUCGCGUUGUAUUAGGACAAUGCCUCACUCAAAAAUGGCAGAUUUGCGUACGUAUAAUCGCGAAUUCACGUCUGAAUUUAUUAGUUUAUACAAAUCUCUGCCUGCACUCUGGAAAAUUAAAUCUAACGAUUAUUCCGACCUAAAUAAAAAGAACGACGCCUACGAAAGAAUGAUAAAUAAAAUGAAAGAGGUAAGAACAUAAUUUUUGCAAAUAAAUACCUAUGCCUAAUACCUACUACCUACCUACUUGCACAUAUCCUAUUGUUUUUACAUGUUUUUUUUAAUAAAAAACACUUGAAAAAUAGUAGCAUAAGAAAUAUUUCUUCAUUAGGAAACACUGUUUCCACGCCAAUGAUUUCGAUACGAAUGAGGCUUGCGCGUACUUAACUGUGCCGUGUGGUAACGCACAAAGUGUACAGUUUUUUCGUGCGAGAUGCUUGCGCAGGCCAAACUGUGGUGAAGCUUGUGCGUGUGGUAAGCGCAUUAGAUUCAUUGAAGACAAUAUAUAUUCCUUUUCAUACGUCCAUUCCUUCUCUUCUAUAUAAUAAUAAUCCUGAUAUAUACAUAUGUUUAUCCAAGUUUAUCAGAAAAAAUGAUAUAAAAAUUUAGUUUAUCUACAUAUUAAUAUUUUUUCUUUAGUUCCCUUUAUUUACCUAUAUUCCCCUACCUACUCACCUGUUGUUCCUUGUUGUUGUUCAUCGCAAAUCUCCUUUUUUUUUCUUCUUGUUCAUAUCGUUUCCUACUUUUUACCAUCUGUAAUCACCACAUAUCCAACUACCAACUAUCCAUAUUCCGCUCCUCUAAUCGAACAAUUUUAAUCGAUGUACUAACCUUGCAUAUGGCAAAUGGCAACAUUAGCCGUCAUAAUAAAAGAAGAAGAAAUUAAAAAUUGCACGAAGUAUUAUUGACACGUGCUUAAUAUGAUUGUGUAAUUAAUAUUAGCACAGAAUACUAUUUAAGUGUCCUUUUUAUGUGGAAUUACAAAUUAUAUACUUUUUUGUGUUUUUUUAAAACAGUAUGUGUUGAUGUACUCAUAAAUAUCUUAUGACAAGAAAUAGCAGUGAGAAAUUCUUGUAUAAAAACAAGAUUUACUGAUCUUUUUAUUGUUUAAAAAUGAGAAACAAAUCAAUGGUUAAGAAAAAAAGAAAUGGUUUUAAAGGAUCUACUUUAAAGAGUAAAAAAAAACAUAAUGACAAGGACGUUAUAAAUAAGAAAGCUAUCUUCAAUCGUUACAAAAAUAAACAGAAGGUAGAAGAAGAGAUAUCAAAAAAAGUUUUUAUGGAACGAAAGUUCCAGCAUGAGAAGGUUGACUAUUCUGAAAGUGAGGAAGAUGAAAAUGCUUUUGAACAGCUAUUAUCUUGCUUUAAUAACAAUGAAAAAGAUAAAUAUGUUGUUGAAAGUGAUGCAGAAAGUGAUCUUGAUUUAGAGCUCUCAAAAACCAUGGAGGUUGAUGGUAUGGAAAAUGUAGUAGAAAGUGAUAGUGAUGGCUCAGAUGGUGAAAUUAAAAGCUCACAUAAUAGUGAUGAUGAUGAGGAAAUUUCUGAUGAUCCUUUUAAAAAACAUAUGCAGUUUGAAUUGGGGGAUGAAUUACUUGUGUCAUUAGCUAACUCCACUCCUACAGUCCAACAUGUGAAUAAAUUGUGGCCAGUUAUUUGUAAUGCUAAAAUUACAAUACCUAAACCUGUACAGAUAGAGUCAAAUAAGAUUAAACCAAAAUUUUCUAUUAUACAAGAAAAGAUAGUAGCACCUACUGGAACUGUUCCACAAUUGAUCAGUGAUGUGGAUUUUCAGAAAUUACAUAUUAAAUCACAGAUUCAUGGGAAUAUUGUAUCUGCAAAUAAGAGAAAUCUCAUAAAACGAGACUUGGAAUUGAAUGAAAUAUUUACACCAUUGCAAAAAGAAUUAUUUUCCGUCAUCAACAAUUACCAAGACUUAUAUUUUACAGAAAGAAAUUUUAGUAAUGCUGAAGAAAUUCGCUAUAUUUAUUGUCUUCAUGCAGUUAAUCAUAUGUUAAAAACCAGAACUAAAAUUAUUCAUCACAAUGUUAAGUUAUCCAAAAAAUCUGAUGUAUGUGAUGAAUACAGAGAUCGUGGAUUAGUACGACCAAAAGUUUUAAUCAUGGUUCCCUUCAAAGAUGCAGCAUACAGAGUUGUGAAAACAUUAAUGGAUAUUCUAGUACCCAAAGAGACUGGUCAGGUGGUUAAUAAAAAAAGAUUUGAAGAAGACUUUACUGGUGGCGAAAUAUUUAUGCCUAAAAAGAAUCCUAAGCCAGAGGAUUAUGAAUUAUUAUUUAGUGGUAAUACUGAAGAUACCUUUCGUCUAGGUAUGACAAUAACGAAAAAGACGAUGAAGCUCUAUACAGAUUUUUACUCUUCGGACAUUAUUGUCGCAUCACCACUAGGUCUACGGAUAUUGGUGGGUGCUGAAGGCGAGGAAGAGCGUGAUUAUGAUUUUCUGGCGUCAAUAGAACUGCUUAUUAUGGACCAAGCAGAUGUCUUUCUUAUGCAGAACUGGGAUCAUUUGUUACAUGUUAUUGAUCACUUCCAUUUGCAACCGAAAAAGACACACGACACAGAUUUUUCUCGAGUAAGAAUGUGGGCUGUUAAUGGUUGGUCCAAAUAUUAUAGGCAAACCUUAAUUUUCUCAGGAGUUUCCUUACCAGAGCUAAAAUCCGUUUUUAAUAAGAAGUGUCAAAAUUAUGCUGGCAAAGUUGUUGUAGAGAAUCCUGUUGAGACUGGCAGCAUUCAGCAAGUUUUAUUGCAAGUGCCCCAAGUAUUCCACAGGUUCAAGUCGGAGAGUCCUCUGGCAUCAGUGGAGGCUCGGUUCGAAUACUUCAUAAAGGAGAUUCUACCAAAGCAGAGAGAUCCGUUGAUGAGUCAUACUCUAAUAUACGUUCCAAGUUAUUUCGAUUAUGUGCAAAUAAGGAAUUACUUUAAGAAAGAGGACAUCGGUUUCGUACAAAUAUGUGAAUAUUCUAAGGAUUCGAAAAUAGCACGAGCCCGUGAUAUGUUCUUUCACACAGAAGCCCAUUUUCUGCUAUAUUCUGAGAGAGUGCAUUUCUUCAGGAGGUUUAGGAUUAAAGGCAUUAGGCACAUAAUAUUUUAUCAGCCGCCAACAUACCCACAUUUCUAUUCGGAAAUUUGUAAUCUCAUGCAGGAGUGCAACCAGAACAAGUACGGAGGCAGCGAGUGCAAUAUGAGCGUGACGGUGUUAUACAGCCAGUACGACGCACCGCGCGUUGCCUCCAUACUGGGCGUCAAGCGGCUAACUAGCGCGCUGCAUGACGAUCAGCGUGUACACGUGUACAUGACAGGGGACUGACCGACUGACGUAUUAUAAGAAUUAACUGUACAUAUGUACAUACCUCGUGACAAAUUGUAAUGCAAUAAAAUAAGAUUAUCUACAUUA